AUGGGCAAGCUAGUUGAUGAGCGCAUUAUUGACUCCAUGAUCUGCAGCGACUUUUCUACUAUUGCGGGCAACGGAAUUCACGUCUUCGUUGACAUGUCCAAUAUCGUUAUCGGCUUCCAGAAAGCUUUGAGGGCCAGAUUUAGCAUUCCCGAGUCUUCACGCUUCGUACCACUUCCCCAAAUGAACCUCCCUUUCUUCCAUGAACUACUUACUCGUGAUCGCUAUGCCGAAUGGCUCAACGUAGGCUGUUCCAUGCGUCCCGAUCGAGGUGAGCCUCCUUUCAUUCAAGAGCUGAAAGAUCUUGGGUAUCGAGUCGACCUUCGCAGCCGUCGUGCUGAACAGUCUGGUUCCAACGAUCACACCACUUUCGAGACUGGCGGUUUUCGCUAUGUCGAGGAUAUGGUUGACGAAACACUUCAAAUCCGAAUUGGCGAAUCUGUUAUGCAGUAUUUUGAGAUGCCGGGCACACUCGUUAUUGCCACUGGGGAUGCCCGGCCGGCCAAAUACUCGGAUGGCUUUCUUGCAUAUGCUCAACGCGCCCUGAAAAUGGGCUGGAGCGUUGAGGUUGUGUCAUGGAAAGCAAGUCUUUCGUCCGCCUGGAACGCACUCCUGAAGGAUAAGACCAUCGGUUCUCGGUUUCGUAUCAUUGAACUCGAUCAGUUUGUUGACGAGCUCUGGAUCUGCUGAAAUCAUCCCGUCGCGGCUUCUUCUGAAAUAUGUUGAGCAGCUUGAUGGAGAUUUGACUGAGACAUCUAUUUGAUUACGUCUGUACAAGGACAGAACAAUACAGGUUUUGUCAUUCAUGAGAUACCUGCCAGUGGAUCAAGAGCUUGUGAAUCGCUGGUUCACACGCGACUUUUGUAUUUGAUUUCCUAUUCAUUUAAAAUCCAAGCACUGGAUGGAUGUAUUCCUCUACAACGGUGUCUGAAUUUUCUUUCUGGCAUUUAUCUAUAUUUCCAGCAACGAUCCCUUAACAUUUUCACUGUUCUCGCCGUUCUCAAUCUCGCCAGUCUUUAAGAGAGACUUCUUUCGCGAACACCUCGGUUACAGUCGUGGCAUGGUCUACAGAACAUUUGGAAGAUGACACGGAAACCGAGAGUACUAAGGGUUGUGACAGCCAGUGACUGACAUCUAAUGGCCGGAUGGCUGUGGACUCUGACGACAUAUCUCUGAUCCAUGAUAAGGGUUUAAUGAUAAUGGGAAUAAAGAGCAGGUGUUCUGAAUUAUGUAGACGACUUUCCAUUCCUAAACG